AUGGCGGCCCCUGAUGGCAAGAGCUCUGGAGGCUCUGAAGAAGAAGAUGGUGGUCUUGAAGGCUUCGAUGACUUUUUCCCUGUGGAGCCCGUGAGCCUUCCUAAGAAGAAGAAACCCAAGAAGCUCAAGGAAAACACGCGUAAAGGGAAGCGGAAGAAGAAAGAGGGAAGCAAUGAUGAGCUAUCAGAGAAUGAAGAGGAUCUGGAAGAGAAGUCGGAGAGUGAGGGUAGUGACUACUCCCCAAAUAAAAAGAAGAAGAAGAAACUCAAGGACAAGAAGGAGAAAAAAGCCAAGCGAAAAAAGAAGGAUGAGGAUGAGGAUGAUAAUGAUGACGGAUGUUUAAAGGAGCCCAAGUCCUCGGGGCAGCUCAUGGCUGAGUGGGGCCUGGAUGACGUGGACUACCUGUUCUCGGAGGAGGACUACCACACGCUGACCAACUACAAGGCCUUCAGCCAGUUCCUCAGGCCACUCAUUGCCAAGAAGAACCCGAAGAUUCCCAUGUCCAAAAUGAUGACCGUCCUGGGUGCCAAGUGGCGGGAGUUCAGCGCCAACAACCCCUUCAAGGGCAGCUCGGCAGCAGCAGCGGCGGCGGCAGUGGCUGCGGCUGUAGAGACAGUCACCAUCUCCCCUCCGAUAGCCGUCAGCCCCCCGCAGGUGCCCCAGCCUGUGCUUAUCCGCAAAGCCAAGACCAAGGAGGGCAAAGGGCCUGGAGUGAGGAAGAAGAUCAAAGGCUCCAAAGAUGGGAAGAAAAAGGGCAAAGGGAAAAAGAUGGCCGGGCUCAAGUUCCGCUUUGGAGGGAUCAGCAACAAGAGGAAGAAAGGCUCCUCGAGUGAAGAAGAUGAGAGGGAGGAGUCGGACUUCGACAGCGCCAGCAUCCACAGUGCCUCCGUGCGCUCUGAGUGCUCUGCAGCCCUGGGCAAGAAGAGCAAGAGGAGGCGCAAGAAGAAGAGGAUUGAUGAUGGUGACGGCUAUGAGACAGACCACCAGGAUUACUGUGAGGUGUGCCAGCAAGGUGGGGAGAUCAUCCUGUGCGACACCUGCCCGAGGGCCUACCAUCUCGUGUGCCUGGACCCAGAGCUGGAGAAGGCUCCCGAGGGCAAGUGGAGCUGCCCCCAUUGUGAGAAGGAGGGGAUCCAGUGGGAGCCAAAGGACGACGACGACGAAGAGGAGGAGGGCGGCUGCGAGGAGGAGGAGGAUGAUCACAUGGAGUUCUGCCGCGUGUGCAAGGACGGGGGCGAGCUGCUCUGCUGCGAUGCCUGCCCCUCCUCCUACCACCUGCAUUGCCUCAACCCGCCACUGCCCGAGAUCCCAAACGGUGAAUGGCUCUGCCCGCGCUGUACUUGUCCCCCACUGAAGGGCAAAGUCCAGAGGAUUCUACACUGGAGGUGGACGGAGCCCCCUGCCCCCUUCAUGGUGGGGCUGCCUGGGCCUGAUGUGGAGCCCAGCCUCCCUCCCCCCAAGCCCCUGGAGGGCAUCCCUGAGAGAGAGUUCUUUGUCAAGUGGGCAGGGCUGUCCUACUGGCACUGCUCCUGGGUGAAGGAGCUACAGCUGGAGCUGUACCACACGGUGAUGUAUCGCAACUACCAAAGAAAGAAUGACAUGGAUGAGCCGCCCCCCUUUGACUACGGCUCUGGGGAUGAGGAUGGCAAGAGCGAGAAGAGGAAGAACAAGGACCCCCUCUAUGCCAAGAUGGAGGAGCGCUUCUACCGCUAUGGCAUCAAGCCAGAGUGGAUGAUGAUUCACCGAAUCCUAAACCAUAGCUUUGACAAAAAGGGGGAUGUGCACUACCUGAUCAAGUGGAAAGACCUGCCCUAUGACCAGUGCACCUGGGAGAUCGAUGACAUCGACAUCCCCUACUACGACAACCUCAAGCAGGCCUACUGGGGCCACAGGGAGCUGAUGCUGGGGGAAGACACCAGGCUGCCCAAGAGGCUGCUCAAGAAGGGCAAGAAGCUGAGGGACGACAAGCAGGAGAAGCCGCCGGACACGCCCAUUGUGGACCCCACGGUCAAGUUCGACAAGCAGCCGUGGUACAUCGACUCCACAGGCGGCACGCUGCACCCGUACCAGCUGGAGGGCCUCAACUGGCUGCGCUUCUCCUGGGCGCAGGGCACUGACACCAUCCUGGCCGAUGAGAUGGGUCUGGGCAAGACGGUGCAGACCAUCGUGUUCCUCUACUCCCUCUACAAGGAGGGCCACUCCAAGGGGCCCUACCUGGUUAGUGCGCCCCUCUCCACCAUCAUCAACUGGGAACGCGAGUUUGAGAUGUGGGCACCCGACUUCUAUGUGGUCACCUACACGGGGGACAAGGAGAGCCGCUCGGUGAUCCGGGAGAAUGAGUUUUCCUUUGAGGACAAUGCCAUUCGGAGUGGGAAGAAGGUGUUCCGUAUGAAGAAAGAAGUGCAGAUCAAAUUCCAUGUGCUGCUCACCUCCUAUGAGCUCAUCACCAUCGACCAGGCCAUCCUGGGCUCCAUUGAGUGGGCCUGCCUGGUGGUAGAUGAGGCCCACCGCCUCAAGAACAACCAGUCCAAGUUUUUUAGGGUCUUAAACAGCUACAAGAUUGAUUACAAGCUGCUGCUGACAGGGACUCCCCUGCAGAACAACCUGGAGGAGCUGUUCCAUCUCCUCAACUUCCUCACUCCAGAGAGGUUCAACAACCUGGAGGGCUUCCUGGAGGAGUUUGCUGACAUCUCCAAGGAAGACCAAAUCAAGAAGCUACAUGACCUGCUGGGGCCGCACAUGCUCAGGCGGCUCAAGGCUGACGUGUUCAAGAACAUGCCGGCCAAGACUGAGCUCAUCGUCCGGGUGGAGCUGAGUCAGAUGCAGAAGAAGUACUACAAGUUCAUCCUCACGCGGAACUUUGAGGCGCUGAACUCCAAGGGAGGCGGGAACCAAGUAUCGCUGCUCAAUAUCAUGAUGGACUUGAAGAAGUGCUGCAACCACCCCUACCUCUUCCCUGUGGCUGCUGUGGAGGCCCCUGUCUUGCCCAAUGGCUCCUACGAUGGAAGCUCCCUGGUGAAGUCUUCAGGGAAGCUCAUGCUGCUGCAGAAGAUGCUGAAGAAACUGCGGGACGAGGGGCACCGUGUGCUCAUCUUCUCCCAGAUGACCAAGAUGCUGGACCUCCUGGAGGACUUCCUGGAGUACGAAGGCUACAAGUAUGAGAGGAUUGAUGGUGGCAUCACCGGCGGCCUCCGACAGGAGGCGAUCGACAGAUUCAACGCCCCCGGGGCCCAGCAAUUCUGCUUCCUCCUUUCAACCCGGGCAGGCGGCCUGGGCAUCAACCUGGCCACAGCCGACACUGUCAUCAUCUACGACUCGGACUGGAACCCGCACAACGACAUCCAGGCCUUCAGCCGCGCCCACCGCAUCGGCCAGAACAAGAAGGUGAUGAUCUACCGCUUCGUGACUCGGGCCUCAGUGGAGGAGCGCAUUACGCAGGUGGCCAAGCGCAAGAUGAUGCUCACCCACCUGGUGGUGCGACCUGGUCUUGGCUCCAAGUCGGGGUCCAUGACCAAGCAAGAGCUGGAUGACAUCCUCAAGUUCGGCACAGAGGAGCUCUUCAAAGACGACGUGGAGGGCAUGAUGUCUCAGGGCCAGAGGCCGGUCACACCCAUCCCUGAUGUCCAGUCCUCCAAAGGGGGGAACUUGGCUGCCAGUGCAAAGAAGAAGCACGGCAGCACCCCGCCAGGUGACAACAAGGAUGUGGAGGACAGCAGUGUGAUCCACUAUGACGAUGCGGCCAUCUCUAAGCUGCUGGACCGGAACCAGGACGCUACAGACGACACGGAGCUACAGAACAUGAACGAGUACCUGAGCUCCUUCAAGGUGGCGCAGUACGUGGUGCGCGAGGAGGACGGCGUGGAGGAGGUGGAGCGGGAAAUCAUCAAGCAGGAGGAGAACGUGGACCCCGACUACUGGGAGAAGCUGCUGCGGCACCAUUACGAGCAGCAGCAGGAGGACCUGGCCCGCAACCUGGGCAAGGGCAAGCGCAUCCGCAAGCAGGUCAACUACAACGACGCCUCCCAGGAGGACCAGGAGUGGCAGGAUGAGCUCUCCGAUAACCAGUCAGAAUAUUCCAUUGGCUCCGAGGAUGAGGACGAGGACUUUGAAGAGAGGCCAGAAGGGCAGAGUGGACGACGGCAAUCCCGGAGGCAGCUGAAGAGUGACAGGGACAAACCCCUGCCCCCGCUUCUCGCCCGAGUUGGUGGCAACAUUGAGGUGCUGGGCUUCAACGCCCGACAGCGGAAGGCCUUCCUGAACGCCAUCAUGCGCUGGGGCAUGCCCCCCCAGGACGCCUUCAACUCCCACUGGCUGGUGCGGGACCUUCGAGGGAAGAGCGAGAAGGAGUUUAGAGCCUAUGUGUCCCUCUUCAUGCGGCACCUGUGUGAGCCGGGGGCGGACGGUGCGGAGACCUUCGCAGACGGUGUGCCCCGGGAGGGCCUCUCCAGGCAGCACGUGCUGACGCGCAUCGGGGUCAUGUCACUAGUUAGGAAGAAGGUUCAGGAGUUUGAGCAUGUCAACGGGAAGUACAGCACCCCAGACUUGAUCCCUGAGGGGCCCGAGGGCAAGAAGCCAGGCGAGGUGAUCUCCUCGGACCCCAACACACCAGUGCCCGCCAGCCCUGCCCACCUCCCGCCAGCCCCGCUGAGCCUGCCAGACAAAAUGGAAGCACAGCUGGGCUACAUGGAUGAGAAGGACCCGGGGAUGCAGAAGCCAAAGAAGCCCCUAGAAGUCCAGGCCCUUCCAGCUGCCUUGGACAGAGUGGAGGGCGAGGACAAGCACGAGAGCCCAGCCAGCAAGGAGAGAGCCCGAGAGGAGCGGCCAGAGGAGACGGAGAAGGCCCCGCCCUCCCCGGAGCAGCUGCUGAGAGAGGAGGCGCUUCCUGAGAAGGAGAAGAUCCUGGACAAGCUGGAACUGAGCUUGAUCCACAGCAGAGGGGACGGUUCUGAACUCAGGCCAGAUGACACCAAGGCUGAGGAGAAGGAGCCCAUUGAAACACAGCAAAAUGGUGACAAAGAGGAAGAUGACGAGGGGAAGAAGGAGGACAAGAAGGGGAAAUUCAAGUUCAUGUUCAACAUCGCAGAUGGGGGCUUCACAGAGUUGCACACGUUGUGGCAGAACGAGGAGCGGGCUGCUGUGUCCUCGGGGAAAAUCUACGACAUCUGGCACCGGCGCCACGACUACUGGCUGCUGGCGGGCAUCGUGACGUAUCCUUGGCCAGGCUGGGCUGGGCUCCACUCCACUCCUCCAUCCCUCAUCCCUCCAUCAUCCCUCAUCCCUCCAUCCUUCUACCCCUAGAUGAAGAACAAGUUCCUGGCCCGCAGGUUUAAGCUGCUGGAGCAGGCGCUGGUCAUUGAGGAGCAGCUCCGGAGGGCCGCGUACCUGAACAUGACCCAGGACCCCAACCACCCCGCCAUGGCCCUCAACGCCCGCCUGGCUGAAGUGGAGUGCCUUGCCGAGAGCCACCAGCACCUGUCCAAGGAGUCCCUUGCUGGGAACAAGCCUGCCAAUGCCGUCCUGCACAAGGUCCUGAACCAGCUGGAGGAGCUGCUGAGCGACAUGAAGGCGGACGUGACCCGGCUGCCAUCCAUGCUGUCCCGCAUCCCCCCGGUGGCCGCCCGGCUGCAGAUGUCGGAGCGCAGCAUCCUGAGCCGCCUGACCAACCGCGCCGGGGACCCCACCAUCCAGCAGGGCGCUUUCGGCUCCUCCCAGAUGUACAGCAACAACUUUGGGCCCAACUUCCGGGGCCCUGGACCGGGAGGGAUUGUCAACUACAACCAGAUGCCCCUGGGGCCCUAUGUGACCGAUAUCUAGCCGUCCCCGAGACUUCCCUGUGUUGCAGCGCUCUUUUCCAGCUGAGCCACGCCUGCCGGGCCACAUGCCCGACCCCCAUGGGAGAGAAAAGCUGCCGCCUUUUUAGGAGCCAGCGCCACCUUGGGACAAAAAGGGAAACCGAGUCAUGCCAUCACAUGGAGGACGAGGCCCAGCCCGGCUGGGCCAGAGCCCAGAAGUGCCACCUCAUCAUAAUUCAAGUGUUCUUCCAUACAGCGUUGCCCCCACAACCACGCCGGACGUGCUCCCUCGCCACCUUUUCCAGAUGACUUCUUAGAAGAGAUUUCAUUUAUUUGUACAUCUUUUGCACUUUCCUAUUGAAGACUUGAACACGUUUGUCUUGAUAAAAGUUGGAUGACGUAUGGAAGAUUCGAACCUGCAGCACUGACGUCUCUUUACCGAUGGGUUCCAGACCCAAGGUAGCCCUGGCACUGCCCUGUGGACUCGGCCCAGCUGGGGAGGACACGGCGCCCGGUGCCCUGGGAGCCCUCAGCGUCCCCUGCCUGUCCUGUCUGCACCUGUGUGACUGCCCCUUGUGCUUCAGCCCCCUGCCCACUUGGAGCCUCCCAACACCAGAGAGGACAGGUUUGGGGAGCCCCUGUCCAGCCCAAUGGUGAGACCCUGGCUGACAUUUCCCCUCCUUCCUACCAAGGCUGGUGGCCGCCAGGUGUUUGCUCUCUCCUUGCGGGGAGGAGGAUCCUCUGCCAGCAGGUGUCUGUCCCCGGCCCAGCG